CCAUGAUAGGACGUCCACCUUUGCAUCUCUGACUCUACAUUUACAUUACAUCACCACCCCCCCCCCCCCCCCCCCUUUCUUCUUCUAAUUUCUAUCCAUUUUCUCCAUAAUCUUCUCUGUAUCAGUUGCUCUUUUUUCGCCAUUGUACAUGACCAGUUAGUUAUAUUCAGAUUUGACGCUUACCCCAUUUUCUCUUUUGCUUCAGUUACUACACUAUGUUGAACGCACCUUUAGUACUUUCUUUUGUACUUUUAUUAUCAUUUCCACUGAUUUUCCUCUUCGCCCCACGAGUUCUCCCACACAAACUCUCCGAUAAAAUCUCCCUCCCCGAUGAGAUCGACGACCUCGCUCUCUUCCGCCGCGCAACCCUUAAAUCCACCCAUAAACGCGGUAACAGCGGCGGUGUUAGGGCUGUCUCUCGCCUUGGCACCACCAAUCCCCGCCGCAAAAUCGCAUUUCUCUUCCUCACUAAUACUGAUCUCUAUUUCGCGCCUCUCUGGGAACGGUUCUUCGCCGGCCACGAAGAUUCGUUUAAUAUUUAUGUUCAUGCGGAUCCUUCUAGUAAGGUCGCUUCUCCCGGCGGCGUUUUUAACGGCCGUUUCAUCGCCGGUAAGAAAACUCAACGCGCCUCCCCUUCUCUCAUCUCCGCCGCUCGCCGCCUCCUAGCCACUGCCAUCCUAGACGACUCCUCAAAUUCCUAUUUUGCCCUCGUUUCUCAACAGUGCAUUCCUCUCCACUCAUUCAACUUCGUUUACAAUUCUCUCUUCUCAUCGACUCAGUUUCCGGCUCACCGGAGCUUCAUCGAAAUACUCUCCGGCGAGCCACAGUUGUGGGACCGGUAUAUCGCCAGAGGGGAAAACGUGAUGCUACCAGAAGUUCCAUUCGACCAGUUUCGGGUCGGGUCACAGUUCUUCGCGCUGACUCGAAAGCAUGCACAGUUAGUGAUAAGGGACAGGAGGUUAUGGAGGAAGUUCAAACUGCCGUGUUUGAACAAGGAUUCGUGUUAUCCUGAAGAGCACUAUUUUCCGACCCUGUUAUCGAUGGAGGAUCCGGAUAGGUGUACCCAUUACACUCUUACUCGGGUUAACUGGACGGGUAGCGUGGGUGGGCAUCCACACACUUAUAACCCGCUCGAGAUCUCACCGCAGCUUAUUUACAAGCUCCGGGAACCUCUUACUCGAGCUCACUGGACGGGCAGUGUGGACGGACACCCAGAUGCUUAUGACCCGACCCAGAUCUCACAGGAGCUCCGGGAAUCAAAUAAUACGUAUUCACACUUGUUUGCGAGAAAAUUUUCGCCGGAUUGUUUGAAGCCGUUGAUGGAUAUAGCGGAUAAGGUCAUUUUCCGGGAGUAAAUGGGAUCCGGUGGGAUAGGAAUCUUGUUAAAGCAAUGAAGAGACAGAGGCGCAAGCCAAAAGCUCUUUUGUAAUAAACAAAUAAUGAUGCGUGUUUGUUGUGGUCUUAUGUACAGAAGACAGGAUAAGGUGUGAAUUAGUGGUUGUGGAAAUUGGUCACAACUUUUAAAAAAGAAAUAGGGGUGUGGGCUUAGAGUGGAGUUCCCAAAAGGGUAUUUCGAGGAAAAUAGGAGCAAAAAGUAGCAACUGGCUCAUUGCUCUUUUUUCUCUUUUUCCCUUCUUUUGUUCCUAAAAGGAAAAGAAGAUAAAGUCUCCCGUUUGCUCCCCCUUCUUCUCUUACCUUUGUUGAUUUCUUAUAUUACAGUUUUCCUCGUGUUAAUGAUAGUUUGCAAUUGGAUCAAAAUAUUGGAUCCUUCUUCCUCUCUAUUUACUCUUGUUUUUAUGUUA